AUGUCCGAAGAGUACUUUAGUUAUUGGUCAUGUCAUGAUGAUACUUCUUUCCCAAAAACAAAGUCUUGGAAUGAGAGUAGGGAUUGCUGCAGUUGGGAUGGAGUCACUUGUGACUUACUAAACGGUCAUGUUAUCGGGUUAGACCUUAGUUGUAGUCAGCUUGUUGGCAAUUUUCAUCCCAAUAGCAGCCUCUUCCAACUUCAUCAUCUCCACACACUAAACCUUGCUUACAAUGACUUCAAUUAUUCUUCAAUCCCACAUAACAUUGGCCGAUUGAGGAAUUUGAGGCAUCUCAACCUUUCUCAUGCUUGGUUUCAAGGGAAAAUCCCAACAGAAAUCUCAUACCUUUCCAAUUUGGUUUCACUUGAACUUUUAAGUUAUGAUUUACAACUUGAUGAGAGAACAUUUGAAACAAUGCUUCACAACUUUACAGAUCUGGAGUUACUAGCUCUCCCUCUUGGCGACAUCUCAUCGCCGAUACCUGUAAGUAUUCAUCCUAAUAGCAGCCUCUUCCAGCUUCAUCAUCUCCACACACUAAGCCUUGAUUACUAUUACUUUAAUCCUUCUUCGAUCCCACAUAACAUUGGCCGAUUGAGGAAUUUGAAGCAUCUAAAACUCUCUGGCUUUGAUGGGAAAAUGCCAAUAGAAAUCUCAUAUCUUUCCAAUUUGGUUUCACUUGAUCUUUCUUCUUUUUAUGGUUAUGGAUUACAACUUGAUGAGAGAACAUUUGAAGCAAUGCUUCAGAACAUGACAAAUCUGGAGCUACUUUCUCUCUAUAAAGUCAACAUCUCAUCUCCUAUACCUGUGAAUAUUUCUUCUUACUUAAGGUACCUGGAUCUUGGUUAUACUAAUCUGCGAGGUGUUCUCACAGAGAGCUUUUUCCUUCUGCCAAACAGCUUGGAAACGCUCUAUUUGAGUGGGAAUGAUCUUCUCAAAGGAGAUUUACCAAAGAUCCACCGGAGCAACACUCUGUUAAUGGAGUUGGAUAUUUCAUACACAGGCAUCUCUGGUGAGCUGCCUCAUUCAAUUGGCACCUUCAGUUCCUUGAAUAGAUUGUACCUCCAAGUAUGUCAAUUCUCUGGUUCCAUUCCUGAUUCCAUAGGCAACCUAACACAAAUUAGGGAGUUGUAUUUAUCUAAUAGUCAUUUCACUGGCCACAUUCCUUCCACAAUCUCUAAAUUGAAGCAUCUCACACGUUUACAUCUUUACUCCAACUCCUUUUCAGGUGAAAUUCCUGAUGUUUUCUCUAACCUCCAAAAUCUAAGGUAUUUAGAUCUUUCUUCCAACUCCUUUUCAGGUGAAAUUCCUGAUGUUUUCUCUAACCUCCAAGAGCUACGUUAUUUAGAUCUUUCUUAUAACAACUUCAACGGUUCGUUUCCCGCUUCAAUUUUAAGUUUGACACAUCUUGAAUACUUACGAUUGUCGAGUAAUUCCAUUUCUGGCCCACUGCCUAGCAACCAAAGCAUUCAAAAGCUAACUUCUGUGGAUUUGUCAUACAACUCACUGAAUGGUACCAUACCAUCUUGGGUGUUUAGCCUGCCUUUGCUAUCUUCAGUGUCGCUCCAACAUAACCAAUUCAGAGGUCUAGCCGAUGAAGUGAUCAAAACAAACCCAACAUUAAAAGAACUGCAUUUAAGCAAUAAUCAACUCAGUGGUUCUUUUCCUCAAUCACUUGUGAAUCUCACAAACCUUGAAACCCUUGGAAUUUCAUCAAAUAACAUCACCAUUGAUGAGGGAAUGAAUAUCACCUUUCUUAGCCUAUCAUCUUUAUUCUUAUCAUCUUGUCAACUGAAGGAUUUUCCACACUUCUUGAGAAAUGUAAAGACACUUGUGUACUUGGAUAUUUCUAACAAUAAGAUUCGUGGUCAAAUUCCUGACUGGUUUAGCGGCAUGAGGUGGGACUCGUUGCAGUUCCUAAACCUUUCUCAUAAUUCAUUAACAGGCCACCUACCACAAUUUCGUUACCAUAACCUACAGUAUCUUGAUCUGAAAUUUAACUCCCUUCAGGGUCCACUACCUUUAUCCAUUUGUAACAUGAGUUCACUUAUCUUAUUAGAUUUAUCACACAACUACUUCAGUGACUCAGUUCCACAUUGCUUGGGAAGCAUGGCUAGUCUAACGGUGCUGGACUUAAGAAGGAACAAUUUCACAGGGAGUCUUCCUCCAUUAUGUGCACACAGCACUUCAUUGAGUACCAUUGUCGUAAAUGGUAAUCGAUUUGAAGGACCUGUCCCUGUGUCGUUGCUCAAAUGUCAUAAUUUAGAAGUCCUUGAUUUGGGGAACAAUGCUAUAAAUGACACGUUUCCAGCUUGGCUCGGAACUCUUCAAGAACUACAGGUCCUUCUAUUAAAGUCGAACAAGUUCCAUGGACCUAUAAGUACGUGUCAGACUAAGUUUUGCUUUCCCAAGUUGCGAAUUUUUGAUCUUUCUCGUAAUGAUUUCAGUGGCUCACUUUCUGCAAAAGUUUUUGGAAACUUCAAGGCAAUGAUCAAAUUAGAUGGUGAAGACACAGGAAAUAUCAAGUACAUGGAAUCUGUGUUGAAUUCGUCAUUUGACACAUCGUAUGAGGAUUCAGUGAGUUUGGUAAUCAAAGGGCAGGAUAUUGAGCUACAAAGAAUCAGCACAAUUAUGACAACCAUAGAUCUCUCAAGCAACCAUUUUGAAGGUGUGAUUCCGGAAACACUAAAGGACCUCAGCUCACUUAGGCUACUCAAUUUAUCCCAUAACAAUCUCAUAGGUCAUAUUCCAGUGGAAUUGGGGCAAUUGAAUAAGCUUGAAGCUUUAGAUCUCUCUUGGAAUCGGCUCACUGGAAAGAUUCCGCAGGAAUUGACAAGAAUGAACUUUCUGGCAAUCUUAAACAUCUCUCAUAAUCAUCUCGUCGGACCAAUUCCUCACGGUCUACAGUUCAACACAUUUGAAAAUGACUCGUACGGUGGCAACCUUGAUUUAUGUGGUCUUCCAUUAACAAAGAAAUGUGGAACGAGUGAUUCAUCGCAUAUUCCUCAACCAUUGGAGUCCAAAGAAGAAGAUGGCGAAUCAUAUUUUUUUAGUGGAUUUACUUGGGAAUCAGUAGUCAUAGGCUACAGUUUUGGACUAGUUGUUGGAACUGUCAUGUGGAGUCUCAUGUUUAAAUAUCGUAAGCCAAAAUGGUUUGUGGAAUUUUUUGAUGGACUCAUGCCUCACAAAAGAAGAAGGCCAAAGAAGAGAGCUCAGAGACGAAGGACUUAAUGGAAGAUUGAGAGGGCAAACUUGUCUUUGUUUGAUUUUGUGGAAUAAUUAG